CAGCACGCAGAGUGGAGCAGACGGCAACAGCCUCACAAACACACUCUCCUCUCAGUUACAUGCACAGUCACACAGAUCCCACACGCACACAUCACAACCACUACCACCGCUGUUGCUGCUGCCAUAACUACCACACACACACACACACACACACACACACACACACACACACAUACACACACACACACACACAGACGGCUGCCAGACGCAGUGGGAAGCAAGCCGUCAGUGAGAGAGAGCUUGAGAAGAAAAGAGAGGGAUUGCAGAGAAGAAAAGAGAAGAGAGUUGGAGGAGGCACCUUGUGGAUCAGUAGGGAUUUUCCUCUGUGUGAGUGAGCGUCUGGAUAAGGCUAUCUGCUGCUUCCCUGAGCGUGAGGAGUUUCUACUGAGGCUUUAACCUUUUUUUUUUUGCACAUCAUCCUUUGCCAGGCUCCUGCCAUAUCUACCUAUUUAUCCCCGGAGCUUAACAAAAGAGAGAGGCAGUGAGAGAGAGUGAAGAAAAAAAGGCAGUCACAGCUUCAGCUCCAGACCACCCUCUCUCUCCUCCUUCCUCCUCCUUCCUCCUUCCUCCUUCCUCCUUCCUCCUCCUCCUCUCUCCGAGCUCCACAUCCAUCCGUGAGUUCAUCGCUGAUUUAACUGUCUUGAGGGGAUCGAACGGAGGACAGUGUGUGUUCUCCAGGAUACAGCCAAGCUCCCGGUGGGAUCGGGGGUCUCGUAUGGUGCGAGAACGAGUGAGGGAGGGAGGGAGGAAUAACUAGACGUGGAAUCGGAUACACAGGAAGAGAGAUAGAGACACCAGAGUGACAGACGAGAGUGAGAGACGCCGGGAAGCAAAUUGUGGGGCAUGUUCAGGGCAGAGAAGAGGAAGAAGAGUGAGUCUGGUUUUUAGAGCAAAGAGAGCAAGAAACCUGCAACCGGAUCCCGUCCAUUCCUCCCUUCUCCUCCUCCUCCUCCUCCUCCUCUUCUCCCCUCUUCUUUUAACCUCUCUCUAUCCUGCUUUUCAAUCCCCUCUUUAGUUUCCUGUAUUGCCUCUUUUCUUUUCAUAUCGUCCUUUCCCGAUCCCAAUUUCCUUUUCCUCCUUACGCUCUGGAUUCUCCUCGUCUCUUUUCCAGACCCUCGGGAAGAAUGGUUUUGUGAGCUCCCAGACAAGUAGACAGACUAAAAAAAAAAAAUCCUAAGUACCAUCCAUCCUUCUUCUGUGGUCUGUCACACGAACACUCCAGUAAGAGGAGAGCGUCCUUGUUCUGCAUCCUCCACUCUUGGAAUCAGUCGUCUGAAGGAUCCAGGCCAGCUCCCUUGGAGUGAUACUCACACCUGCGAGCUUCCUCAUCUCCAGCCUGCAGCACCUUCUAUCAGAUUCCAGCUACAUGGGAAAACGUUUGGAGCAGCAGCCAAUGUACCCCCACUACACCUACUACUACCCCCACUAUCUCCAGACCAAGCAGUCCUAUGCUCCUCCCCCUCCGCCCAUGGCUCCGCCCAGCCCUGGCACCACUGGAGGAGGAGGUGGUGGAGGUGGUGGUGGUGGAGGAGGAGGUCAUGGAGGAGGGUUAAUGGAGCAGCUUAGUAAGACCAACCUGUACAUCAGAGGCCUGCCGCCUGCCACAACCGACCAGGACCUCAUCAAACUCUGCCAGCCGUAUGGGAAGAUUGUGUCAACAAAGGCCAUCCUGGAUAAGAACACCAAUCAAUGUAAAGGCUAUGGCUUUGUGGACUUUGACAGCCCUGCAGCAGCACAGAAGGCUGUGGCCUCGCUCAAAGCCAGUGGAGUCCAGGCACAGAUGGCAAAGCAACAGGAGCAGGACCCUACCAACCUCUACAUCUCCAACCUGCCCCUGUCCAUGGAUGAGCAGGAGCUGGAGAACAUGCUGAAACCCUUUGGUCACGUUAUUUCCACACGGAUACUGAGGGACGCCAACGGCCUGAGCAGAGGAGUAGGCUUUGCAAGGAUGGAGUCGACGGAAAAGUGCGAUGUCGUGAUCCAAAAUUUCAACGGAAAAUUCUUGAAAACCCCUCCCGGCAUGACAGCCCCUGCAGAGCCGUUGCUGUGCAAGUUUGCUGACGGAGGCCAGAAGAAGAGGCAGACCCAGGUCAAGUAUCCCCAGAAUGGUCGACCAUGGACACGGGAGGGAGAGAGUGGCAUGGCUUUGUCGUAUGAUCCCUCUGCGAUGCAAAAUGGGUUCUACUCUUCGCCGUACAGCAUCUCCACUAAUCGGAUGAUUGCACAGACGUCAAUCACACCCUUCAUCGCUGCCUCUCCUGUCUCGACGUAUCAGGUCCAGAGUACAUCUUGGAUGCCACAUCAACAGUAUGUUAUGCAACCUACAGGUGCUGUGAUCACCCCGACCGCAGCCAUAGAGCCCAGUUUGUCUCUUCACCCUUCCAGUGUAAUGGCUCCUCUCGCCCAGCAGAUGAACCACCUGUCUCUGGGUACUACAGGCACUUACAUGCCUGCUGCAGCUGCUGCGUCUAUGCAAGGAACCUACAUUCCCCAGUACACUGCAGUGCCUGCCUCUGCCAUCACAGUGGAGGGCGUGGUGGCUGAUGCAUCUCAGCAGACAGCAGCCCCCUCCUCGCAGGACGUCAGUGGGCAGCAGCCUUUAUCAGUGGAGAAUACAGGAGAUCAUGCCACAGCCUACUCCUACCAGCAGUCUAAGUGAGUUCAUGGAUGUCUCUGUUACAUAACGACAUUGGGAGGAAUCGUGCUGCAUUGCCUUCAGAAGGACUGCACUGAGACGCUAAAGACACACAGAGAAUCAAGAUGAAACAGGGACACACACAAAAAACCAGAGGUGACACGGGAACACUGAGGGGAGAACGCUUCAUCUGUGCACAGGCACUAAAUCCAUGACAAAAUGAAGAAAUAAAAAAACAGUUCUCUUUCUUACCUGAUUGAGGCAGGAAAAAAGACGGGGCAAAAAAAAAGAAAUGAUGUUUUUUUUGGACUAAAAGACAAUGAAAUCAAACACAGUCUACAACUUUGAGUUUCUCACUGUGAGACUGGACUUUGCCUCCAAAGGAAGAAUCGAGGACAUAGACUGAAUCUGAACUCAACCAACAAACUGUACAGAAAAAAAAGAACAUUUGAAUGUGCAGGUAGAUUUUCAGACUUUUUUUUUUUUUUUAAAUUAAAAAAAAAAAGGAAGCAAAGGCUAAGAAAAAAAACAGAUUGUCUUCCUUUGGUAUUAAGCUACAUUAUUUUCACUCUUUUUAUUAUUUGAGUAGUUUUUUAGAAUAUCAAUGUUUUUUCUUAAAUCUUUAUUGCCUUAAUUUUUUUUUUUCAAUCUUUGGAAACAAAAAGUUUCCAGAGUGCUGAAUCAAAAAAAAAAAAAAAAAAAAAAAGACUGAGUGGUUGAAUGAUUUGAGAGGUGUCUUGGAGAGAUUUCCAGGAGUCUUAGAGAGAAUAUCUACAAAGCUAUCUGUACAGGAUUAGAAAAAAAAGGUUGUAGUUGUGAUGAUUUUAAAUUAUGUGGUGGGGUGCGGCUAAUGUUAGAUGGUCAGAAAAAAAAAACUUCCUUAAUGCGACUGGUGGGAAGGGUCAAUCCACUGCUUCCUUAAAACAUUCAAUUCAGUUUAAACAUCAGAUAAAAGUUCUGUUUUUCCAUCACAUAUGUACUCUUUAUAGCUUCUUUUUUUUCCUGGUUUGUUUUCGAUUGCAGUCUUUGAGCCUUUAAAGGGUUUUGCUUUGCCUGCUUUGCUUGUCUCACUGCAAAAAAAAAAGAAAAAGAAAAGAAAAAAGGGAACAAGUGUGAGCAGGAUAAAAAUGCUAGGAUUUUUAAAUGUGCAAAAGCAAUAGUUUUAGUCAAACUGUUGACAGUUUCUUGAGUCUUUCUUAACUGUUGAACAAAAGCAGCCUGCAGGGGGCAUAUUUUAUACCAAAGAUGAAGAAACUAGGUAGUGAAGAGAUCUUCCUGACUGUAUGUUGCUUUUUCUUUCAUGUUUUUUUCACCUCUGAAGCUGAGAUUGUUCUUGCUAAUCACACUGUUUUGUGUAUGAGACGAUCGUAUCCGUGGCUGUGAAGAAGCAGCAGAUCUCAAACACAACUUCCUCAACCACAAGAAUGAGACGUGUUUGUGUCAUGAUCAAAUGUGGUGAUGAUUUAUCAUGGGCAAUAACAUCUGUGGAGAGAACCGGCGUCCUGUGGAACGGAGAAAGUGAAGGUGGGAAUAAUCUGGUGACCUUUGUGUUUAUACAGGCUUAAAUUGCAUUCCAAGAGGUGUCAUAUGGUGCGUACUUUAUCCACCCGAAAACAACAUCCUCUUUGGGCAACAUUGACGAUUCACAAAUCCUAAGUGCAGACACAGAGGAGCUUUAAAUCAUUGUGACAGCUUGCCAAAUGCUCUACAUUUGAUUAUUUUCAAGUACGUAUUCUCAGUCCAUACAGCAAACUGUCUAAUGCCGCAGUCUUGCCAAACACAAUACAUUUAAAAUGACAGCAGGGCAAGAAAAUCGCAUUUGUGUGUAUCAAAUCAUUUCAGCUUUUUUGUAUUUUUAAUGGACAAAGAGAGAUAUUUUGUUUUUCUUUUGUGUUGCUUUUUUUGGAAUUAAUGAUGAUGUUUGAGCUGCUAAGUACUUUUGAUUAUUGGGGAUUUAGGUUGUCUUAGGUUGGGUGGGUGUGGAAAAGGUAAUCCUCCAUAAUGACAGUAAUUGACCAUUUAGAGCCAAGGUAAAGACAUGUAAAUGUUAUCCAUAACUUCAAGGCAUAUGAAGCAUCACAGGUUGUAAAAUGUUGCCUCUUUUCAUGUGAAAGGAGAGAAGUAUUUCUGCCUGUGGCUGACCCAAAACAAGCAAAUCCCAGAACUUUAUAUUCAUAUCAGGAUUGAACCUUGAAAGAGAACCUUCGUCUUCAUUUGAGAACUAAAAAAUCAAAUGAAAAACUCUUGUGAUUUAAAAUAGUCUAAAACAUGCCCUGGAGGAAACACUGCAAACGCCCCACCUGCCCGACCACAAAUGAAAGGAAGCUACGGAUGGUAAGAACAUGGUUCAACCAAAAUCAACCAGAAACAAACCUCUAUGGGAAAAUAAAUUAUUGAGAGAAGAGAGAAAGUAAAGAUGGCGAGAACAUAAGUAAUAUUUAUGAGAUCUUUUUUUGUACAGGUGUGUAAAAGAAGAUGCGACAGAAAUAACUUUGAUGAUGCUAUUUUUUUAUUUGCUUGGUCACAUGCCACCCAUGUCUUUCAAAUUGUGAUUCUGAGAGUGUCUGUAGAACCAGUGGAUAUUGCUGUAGUUUCAAAUGUCUUUUUUUUUCUUUUAGUUUCUUUUUAGACAAACCUUUCAAUAAAAAAAUGUUUAAAACA